AUGCUCCGCUUCAACGCCAAGGAGGUCGAUCUGCCCGAGUUUACAAUCACCCCGGAACGACAGGCAGCUCUGCUCGCUGAGGCCGAAGCCGUGGUACAAAAUACACUCGAGUUGCGCAGCGCCUUUGCAGCAGGUGGCCGUCAACUGGACUCGACUUCAUGGAAGCUCGUCAAGACGAUGGAUGACGUCCGAGCUUACCGUUCGCGUCGAGCAUUGCAUGGACCAGUGGACCACGUGGAGUCGCGAACAGGGACGUCGGACAAGGGGUGUUCGUCCCCCACCUCGUCUCACUCGAGCUCGCAAAGGUCAGCACCGGAUCGAAGUGGCUGUCUCGGGUCGGCGACCUCCUCAGCUAGUGAGUACCAUAGCAACAAGUCGAAAAAGACGGCUCGUCCGCCGGCAGUCGUGAUCUCGGGCAGUAUUAACGGCACGGCCGACGAUGCCGCAUUGGGGAUGCUUGCUGACUCGGAGAUGAACGUCCGGAUACGGGAAGCGUACCUUGGAACGGAGCUCGAUGACGCCCGUCUCAUUGCGGUGCUAAGGCGACCAACGCCUGAACGGCCGCUGGAUUUCGUUGGCAUCAAGUGGGGUCUCCAGUCAUACGGCCGGUUUAGUCAAGCCCGUGACUUUCUCUUUCUUGAAGGCUCGGGGCUCACCCGAGAUGCCAAAGGCGCAUCGGUAGCUUUCGGGAUCCGUCAAUCAAUCGACUUGUCCGAUAUUGUGACCCUACCACGACCAGCUAACACUAUUCGAGGCUACAUGUCAGGGUGCCAGACGUUUGGCAAUACUACUCGGAUGAACGAAACGGGGCACCGCACCGUUGAGAUGUUCAGUCGAGCGUUCAUUGAGAUGGACGGGGCGCCUGUCAACAUGGCCGCAGCCGCGUAUGCGGAGAAGCUCAUGGCUCUUGUUGCUUGUAUGGAGUGUGCCAAUGCCCAUAAGCUCACGUACUUGAUGAGGAAAGCGACUCAUCAGAUAUCGCCCUGCACUAGCAGCGUCUUGGGUCGCAUGACGACCACCAACACGUGUGCCAACUGUACACGCAGUAUGAGUAAAUUCCGAACGCUCGUGCUGCACAAAGGAGGCGCGUGUCAGAUCUGUCGCCGUCUACUCUGUGGUCGAUGUUCUGUGAACAAGAAGAUCUGCAUUGGUCUAGGGGGUCAAGUGUUGCAGAAAUCCAUGCUCUUCUGUCUCGAGUGUUUGUUGGAAGCCAAAGCACUCUCUUCACACAAGGUGGCACUCGACAAGCUCCAUUGGUAA